AACUGUUGACAAGAACAUGGACCAUGGAAACCAUUCCCCAGUGACUGAGUUCACUCUGGCUGGGCUCUCAGAACAACCAGAACUGCAGCUUCCCCUCUUCCUCCUGUUCUUAGGAAUCUAUGUGGUCACAGUGGUGAGCAACCUGGGCAUGACCACACUGAUUGGGCUCAGUUCUCACCUGCACACCCCCAUGUACUAUUUCCUCAGCAGUCUGUCCUUCACUGAUCUCUGCCAUUCCACUGUCAUUACCCCAAAAAUGCUGGUAAACUUUGUGACAGACAAGAACAUCAUCUCCUACCCUGAAUGCAUGACUCAGCUCUAUUUCUUCAGCAUUUUUGCUAUUGCAGAGUGUCACAUGUUGGCUGUAAUGGCGUAUGACCGCUAUGUUGCCAUCUGUAGUCCCUUGCUGUACAAUGUCAUUAUGUCCUAUCACUUCUGCUUCCGGCUCACAGUGGGAGCUUACAUUUUAGGCAUCCUUGGAUCUACAAUUCACACCAGCUUUAUGUUGAGACUCUUUCUGUGCAAGACUAACGUGAUUAACCAUUAUUUUUGUGAUCUCUUCCCUCUCUUGGAACUCUCCUGCUCCAGCACCUACAUCAAUGAAUUACUAGUUCUGGUCUUGAGUGCAUUUAACAUCCUGAUGCCUGCCUUAACUAUCCUGGCCUCUUAUAUCUUUAUCAUUGCCAGUAUCCUCCACAUUCGCUCCACUGAGGGCAGGUCCAAAGCCUUCAGCACUUGCAGCUCCCACAUCUCAGCUGUUGCUGUCUUCUUUGGAUCUACAGCAUUCAUGUACCUGCAGCCAUCAUCUGUCAGCUCCAUGGACCAAAGGAAAGUGUCAUCUGUGUUUUACACAACUGUUGUGCCCAUGCUAAACCCCUUGAUCUACAGCCUGAGGAAUAAGGAUGUCAAAUUUGCCAUGAAGAAAAUUCUGGACAGCAAAGCAUGUUCAUGA